CCUUCAGAUAAUUAUCUGUCCAUCCAGUUGCACCCAUCUCUCUUUUUUUGUUUGUUUGUUUUUCAGUGUGUCAAAGUGUGUUUGUGUGUGUGUGCUCUGUGGUUUUGUGUCUCUUUGGACCAUGUGUGAGUGUCUGCGUGGGAUAUUCAGAGUCACCUGGACACCCUCUUCCAAUGCAGACUCUGACAGAGAAUUGGAAGAAAGUCAUGUAUUUACCCAGGCCAGAGAACCAGCCGUGAAAGACAAAAGGCAGUCUCCCCCUUCAGACAGGCCUCCCACCGCCCCCCACGCCAACCCUCACCACAGUGCCUCCCCAGAGGACCAGGAGAGCCCAGAGAGAGUGGUUCAGAAAGAGAAACUGCAUGCAGAGCUGAAACAGGUGCUGAGUCUGAAGAGAAGCCACCUGAAAGAGUCGUCUCGUUUGGCCCAAGCAGAGAUGGAUUCCUCAACAGAGGUCCAAGCAGUGGAGGAGACUGCAUCUGAGGUGGUGGAGGUUGUGAUGGAGACAGAGGCUGAGGCCGGAGCCAGUGGCUACAGUGUCACAGGUGGAGGGGAGCGAGGCAUCUUCAUUAAGGACGUCCUUAAAGACUCCACUGCAGCAAAGCAUCUUAGCCUCCAGCAAGGAGAUCAGUUGCUCAGUGCAAGAGUCUACUUUGACAAUGUGAAGUAUGAGGAUGCCCUGAAGAUCUUGCAGUGUGCGGAGCCUUAUAAAGUCUCCUUUUUCCUGAAGAGGACCAUCGCCGGUGCUGAUGUCACCAUGCACCCUGGCGCCACUAGCUUGGAACUGAAAGGACCCAAAACCAAGAUGCAGAAAAUGAGUGUCAAGAGCAUCAAACUUUUCAAAGCGAGGAAAAAGAGGGGAGGACGUUUUGGAUUGAAAAGGCUGAAGGAAAACAAGAAAGGGAGCACUGGAGCAGAGUUGGAGAUGGAGGGAUCACCUUCCAAGGUGGAGCUCAACCCUGUCGAUGUGGAGUUUGCCUUCCCCAAGUUCAAGCUGAGGAAGGAUGGGAAGGCAGAGGGAACUGAGCAGCAUGGAGGAGUAGUCGCCACUGGCAGGAAGAAGAGGAUGAUAAGGUGUCCCAGGAUGAAAGCAAAGGGUGCUGAGGCGGCUACAGGAGAAGUUGACAUGACGCAACCAAAGGGACAGGCAGAUGUCUCCCUGCCAGAUGUGCCUGGAGCUAAAGUCAAAGUUAAAGGAAAGGGCCACAGGUUCGGAAUUCAUUUCCCUAAAACAAAAAAGAUAACAUCGGACACUGCCUUGUCUGAAGGGUCUCUGGAGCUGAAACCUCCUGAUGUCAAAUUCACACCACCCUCAGUGGAAUUCAGUUUGCCAUCUGGAAACAAGGAAGUCAACCUACAGAAACCAGAAGUGAAAGUCAAGGAGGGGUCAAAGUUUAUGCACCGAGAGGUAGAGCUUUCAUUAGGACUCCCCUCAGCCUGUCACUCUGAUGAAAUUGAUGGUGAGAUAAAAGCAAAAGGUUUAGCUGAAGGAGUUGAAGGGUCAACAGGAGUGUCUAGCAUUAAAAUGCCAGCUAUUGACAUCUCUGCACCCAACAUCGAUCUGCAGCUGGACACCCGGCGUAGAGUGCCAGACGAGAUAGAGGGACCCUUUUUUAAAGGGCCAAAUAUAUCAAUGCCAAAAACUGACAUCUCACUACCAAAGAUUGGAUCAUCCGAUAUGGAUAUUGAAGGUCCAGAAAAGGGUGGAAAAAUGAGCCUACCAGCUGUUGACAUUUCACUGCCAAAGAUGACAUCAGGAGAAGCAAAUGUUGAUGUGGAAGGACACAUUGGAAAGGGAGGCAAGUUCAAAAUGCCAACUUUCGAUGUUUCUCUUCCAAAAUUCAAGUCUUCAGAGGAGGACAUGAAUAUAGAGGGGCCUGAAGUCAAAGGGGAGUUCAACAUGCCAAAAGUUGACCUUUUACGCCCAAAAGGUAAAGCAGGGGGUGAGGUGGACAUUGAAGGAUAUUUAGGAAAAGGAGGUACAUUUCAGAUGCCCACAUUUGACAAUUCUCUACCAAAAAUCAAGUCAUCAGACAGAGAAAUGAAUGUAGAAGGACCUGAAGUGAAGGGUGGCAAAAUUAAAAUGCCCUCUAUUGACAUAUCUCUCCCUAAAGGAAAAACAGAGGGGGAAAUUAACAUUGAGGGACAUUCUGGAAAAGGAGGCAAGUUCAAAAUGCCCUCAUGUGACGUUUCUCUUCCUAAAAUGAAGGGCAAUGCUAGUUUAGAGGGACCUGAAUUGAAAGGGGGAAAGUUUGAAAUGCCCACACUUGAUAUUUCCCUUGCCAGAGGAAAAGCAGAGGGUGAAGUCAAUAUUGAUUCAAAUGUAGGAAAAGAAGGAAGGCUCAAAACGCCCAUCAUUGAUAUUUCUCCUCCAAAAAUUAGGUCGUCAGGAACAGAAGUCGAUGUAGAAGGGCCUGAUGUAAAAGGAGGAAAGUUCCACAUGCCACAAGUAGACAUUUCACUUCCCAAAGGAAAAAGCGAAAUUGACAUUGAGGGAAAUUCUGGAAAAAGAGGGAAGUUUCAAAUGUCCACAUUUGAUGUCUCACUUCCAAAAAUAAAGUCACCAGAGGGUGACAUGAAAAUAAAAGGAUCUGAUGUGAAAGGCAGCAUAUUUCAUAUGCCCAUUAUAGAUUGUUCACUUCCAAAAGGAAAAACAGAAGGUGACAUUAGUGUUGGAGAUGCAUCUAAAGGCGGAAAGUUUCACAUGCCUUCACUUGAUAUUUCUCCUCCGAAAGUGAAGUUACCAGAGGGUAAAGCCAAAGUAAAAGGCCCUGAAAUCAAAGGGGGAAAGGUUGAGAUAACAAAUAUUGAUGUUUCCCUUCCAAAAGGCAUAACAGCGGGAGAAGUUGACAUUGAAGGCCAUGUCAGUAAAGGGGGAAAGUUUAAGAUGCCCAAAUUUGGCAUUUCUUUCCCGAAAUUUAAGUCACCAGAGGGUAAGGUCAACACAGAGGGACCUGAAGUCAAAGGAGGUACGUUUCACAUGCCUACAAUUGACAUUUCACUACCAAAAGUAAAAGCGGAAGGUGACAUCAAAGUUGAAGGAGAUUCUGACAUUUCCCUUCCAAAAAUGAAGUCACCAGAAGCAGAUAUCCUUUUAGAAGGACCAGAAGUCAAAGGAGGAAAGUUUCAAAUGCCAACAAUUGACCUUUCCCUUCCAAAGGGAAAGGGAGGAAUUGACACUGAAGUACAUUCUGGAAAAGGAGGCAAGUUCCAAAUGCCAGCAUUUGAUAUAUCACCAAAAAUGAAGACACCAGAUGGUGAAGUCAGCCUAGAAGGCCCUGAAGUCAAAGGGGGGAACAUUAAUAUGCCAACRAUGAACAUUUCUCUUCCAAAAGGAAAAAUGGAAGGAGAGGCUAAGGAACAUGCAAUCAAAGGGGACAAGUUUCAGAUGCCUUCAAUUGACAUUUCCCUUCCAAAAAUGAAGUUGCCUGAAGGUGAAGUCAAAGUAGAAGGCCCCGAAGCCAAAGGGGGAAAGAUUGAAAUGCCAUCGACUGAUAUUUCACUUCCCAAAGGAAAAAUGGAGGGAGAAAUUGACAUUGAAGGACAUUCUGGAAAAGGAGGACGAUUUCAUAUGCCUACAUUCAACGUUUCCCUUCCAAAAAGGAAGUCACUAGAUGAAUAUGUCAGUUUAGAAGGACCGGGUGUCAAAGGAGGGAAGUUUCAUAUGCCCACAAUGGACUAUUCCCUUCCCAAGGGAAAGGAUGAGAUUGAAACUGAAAAACAUUCUGGAAAAGGAGGAAAGUUCCAAAUGCCCAAGUUUGAUGUAUCGCUACCAAAAAUGAAGCUCCCAGAGGGUGACAUCAAACUAGAGGGACCGGAAGGCAAAGGCAGCAAUAAAUGCCUAACAUUGACAUUUCUUCCCAAAGGGAAAACUGAAGGAGAUAUGAGGUUGAGGGAGGCUGGUGGCAAAGGGGAAGUUUCACAUGCCCUCAAUUGA